UGUUAGCUUUGUUGUGGCUAAAUGUCUGCGCUGAGACUCCUCACUGCACGCUGCUAGUUAGUUGCAAUGUUGUAGCUAUUAGCACGCUAGCCAUUCCUUCGCUGGGAGGGAGACCCACCGUUAAGAUUAACAAACUUACAUAGUUGAUAUUUAAUAAUUUCACAGACCAUCCGGUAUUUUAACGGAAGUUAUUGAACAAAAAGCUGAUUAGCUCGCUGUAUUUAUUUCAUUUAACUCACUAGCAGACCGGUUAGCAGACCGGUUAGGUAGCCGCUAGCUCUCUUGUACCGGUCUCCCCCUCAGUCUGAACCGUCUCUGGCCCGGCUGAGGGACCAUGGCGAUGAGACAGACCCCGCUCACCUGCUCCGGUCACACCCGGCCUGUGGUGGACCUGGCCUUCAGCGGGAUCACUCCUUACGGAUACUUCCUCAUCAGCGCCUGCAAAGAUGGCAAGCCCAUGUUGCGCCAGGGAGACACAGGGGACUGGAUAGGAACGUUUCUGGGUCACAAAGGUGCUGUCUGGGGAGCCACUCUGAAUACAGACGCCACCAAAGCAGCCACAGCCGCAGCUGACUUCACAGCAAAGGUGUGGGACGCAGUGAGCGGAGACGAGGUCCUCACGCUGGCACAUAAACACAUAGUCAAGACGGUCACCUUCACUCAGGACAGCAACUAUCUGCUCACAGGAGGAAACGACAAGCUGUUGCGGAUCUACGAUCUCAGUAACCCUGAAGCAGCCCCUCAGGAGAUCGCCGGUCACACCUCAGCCAUUAAGAAAGCGUUAUGGUGCAAUGACGACAAACUGAUCCUCUCUGCCUCCGAGGACAAAACCAUACGGCUGUGGGACAGAAGCUCCAUGGAGGAGGUGAAGACUCUGUCAUUCGACACGUCUGUGAGCAGCAUGGAGUACUUGCCUGAUGGAGAGAUCCUUGUCAUCACUUUUGGAAAGACCAUCGCUUUCUACAACGCUCUGAGCCUGGACCUGAUCAAAACAGUGGACGCUCCGGCUCCCAUCAACUCGGCCUCACUCCACCCAGAGAAGGAUUUCUUUGUAGCCGGUGGAGAAGACUUCAAGCUCUACAAGUUUGACUAUGGCACAAAAGAGGAGCUAGAGUCUUAUAAAGGUCACUUUGGUCCGGUUCAUUGUGUGCGCUUCAGUCCGGACGGAGAGCUGUACGCCAGCGGGUCUGAGGACGGCACGCUGCGACUGUGGCAGACGGCUGUGGGGAAAACAUACGGCCUGUGGAAGUGUGUCCUUCCCGAGGACCUGGGGGCAGAGAACUCUGAACAGCUGUACACGUCGCCUCCUGAGAUCAAAGCCUGAGAAGGCGAGGAGAAAGCAGUGCUGUUAGAAAACAGGAUGAGGAAAGGAAAUAAGGAGACCAGCGGAGCGGAGGGGUGUUCCAGUGUUCAAUCAGGCCCCAGCAAGGAGCAGAGUCCAGGGCAUCUCCAUCCAUCAGGUCCUGAUGUUGAUUUGACGACUGCCCUGUCUGCCACAGGCCAACAUACACACUAACACACGCUUACACACACACAUUAACACACACACACACACACACACACACGCACACACACACACACACACACACACACACACACACACACACACACACACACACACACACACACAUUUUUACUGCAGUCGUGUGCACAGUAUGGGCUGCUAAGCGAAGCAGUAGAGCUGUGAGCAUCUCCUCAUCGCUGCCUGCUUUCUCUCUAAUCAGUCCAGUUCUGUCUGUCUGCUUGAACUGAUUUUAAACUUCCCAUAAAGUUACACACACACACACACACACACACACACACACACACACACACACACACACACACACACACACACACACACACACACACACACAGUACUAAGAAAGGUUUUGGUUUGAAAGUUAAUGUAUUAAAUGAGCUGGACCAACGCUUGUGUUUUCAGUUCAUAGAAUACCGGCGGUUGUUGCACAGUUUGUGCUGAAGUUAAAGCGCUUUUAUUUGUUCAGAAAUGUUGCUUUGAGUAUUUGCUGCUGUCGCUCUGGUUCAGUAUAAAGAGUUAAGUGUCCAAAUAAACGAACGUAUGUUUUGUGACAAAGGGGAAAGGGAAGAAAUGUCACUUUUUUCAUUUGGGUUCUGUCAACAUUUAUGUCCAGUGCAGUGAUGAAUUAAACUUAAGACAUUACUGUUUCAUUUUUAAGUAAUGCACAAAGAGCAAA